AGUCUUUAUCAUCAUAAACCUGAAAAGAAAAAGACCUUAUGUGAUAUCCACAGCCUGAUUCGGAAGGAAGUCACUUAGUAUCAACAGUAAACAUUACAGGAAAAGUGCUUUGUCUUAACAUUCUGGCCACUCACGACCAAACGCGUGAGGCGCGUCGUGUACCUCUGUAACCAGGCGCCUUCUUGAGCAACACACCGAGGGUGAGGAGGGCAACAGUCUGCAUCGGAAGACCCGGCCACCACAUGGCCCGCGUGCUCGUGGCGAAGAUGCUGGCGUCCGCGCUGAGCCCUCUGCUCCGGGGGAGCCCCGGCCCGGCGAAGCCCCGCGCGCUCUCCAUGCUCCUGGCGGGGCCUCUCGGCGCCGCGGGGCCCGGGGGCCCCCGCCUCCUGCCCCGCCUGCAGCUUGCCCUGGGCUUCAAGACCAAAGGCGUCAUCAAGGAGCGCUGCAGGGACUGCUGCCGCGUGAAGAGGCGCGGGCGCUGGUUCAUCUACUGCAAAACGAACCCCAAACACAAGCAGAGACAGAUGUAGCUCUUUUCGCCGUAACGUAACGUGCGAGACUGUGCCCCUUCCGUGCGGAACGGUACUACCUUAUGAAAAGGAAAAUAAAAGGGAAGCGUUGCCUAACCUAA